UCGCUCAUCUGAUAAUUUUUACCAAAUCCGCACUCGUGAUAAUUGACACCAUCUAAUCUUGUGUUACUUGGCUAGAGAAGUAUCAAGGCCGAGUACCCCAACCACACUCCCGGCCAGCGAACUCACAUUCAUCAUAACACUGAUAGGAAGAUUCAAGGAAAAUUGCUCCUCGCAUUUUCGGGAAGCAAUUAAUCACAGAAAUCCCAGCUAGCUCCUGCGUCAGCUGUGCCGUCCUUGCGGUACCAUUUCUCUUGCAGUCUCAGGUAGCGCGAGAGCGGAAAUCUGAAGCUUUUUCCGUACCAAUCGUACCAGCUAACCCCACUCUGCUUUCGGACGCUCCCCUGUGAACACCGCGUUGUUUCUGUUAUGUUUUCGAUUUGUUCAACAACUGUUGAAUGUUUAUCAGCAUGUGCGAGAAGAGAUAAAGAGGAGUGGAAUUGUUAUUAAUCGUGCUGUUGGUGCGAGAGACGGAGCUUGGUUAUGGAUGCACAAGGCGAAAUUUCGUGGUUGGCAGAUGACUCUAGUCGCUCCACCCUUGCCCCUGAAAUAACGAACGAGUCCAACGAAAUCGCAACCAUAGUAAUAUUCGUAGUGUCAGCGAUCCUCACAAUCACCCUACUAUUCGUAGUAGCCAUUUUCAUAGACUGCAGGCACCAGAAACUCGUCAAACUCCACCAACAAAGAAAACCAAAGAAGGUACUAAAAGUGAAAAUCCCGGGACUCGGAGCGAGGGACGACGAAGCCACAAUCGUCGACAAAAUGCAAGAACCUGAACCGUCGUCGUCCCAUGUGAUAGUGUGAAGUACCUUCUUGACAUAGCUUACACCCAAUAAGACUGACAUACUUUUAAUAAAACUUUAUUUACAAA